GUCUAUCCCUAUAGGGACUCUAGGUACCUGCAAAAAUGGAAGCGUGACAGCUUUGAAAUUUUUGCUUGAUGUUGGAUCUGGAUCCCGAGAAAACUCAGUGAAACAAUAAAUAGACACAUUGUGAGAUUGCACUUAAAAAUUGAAUUAAUAUUUUGUUAAUAUGCCGAUUUUGGACAAAAGAAAAGGGGAUGAUAUUUUGGCGUUAGUGCCUGCUUCGAAAAGAACAAAAAAUGAAGUCGUCUUCAGCAGCAGAGAGAAAGCGGUUGUGCAAAGCGGCCCACCGCGCACGUCUUCUUUAAUGUCGAUGAUAAUGUUGCUUGAGGGACAUCAAGGAGAUAUCUUUUCCAUAGAAUUUCAUCCAGAGGGACAGUAUCUUGCAUCAACUGGAUUUGAUCGACAAAUCUUUAUCUGGAAUGUGUAUGGAGAAUGUGAAAAUAUUGGACUCAUGACUGGGCACAGUGGUGCCAUAAUGGAAUUACAUUUCAGUCCAGAUGGCAAUCACUUGUAUACAGCCAGCACAGAUAUGACUCUGGGCUUGUGGGAUAUAAUAGCUGGGACACGAAUUAAGAAACUGAAGGGUCACACUUCCUUUGUAAAUUCUGUAUCAGGUGCACGAAGGGGCCCUACAUUGCUCUGCUCAGGCAGUGAUGAUAGUACGAUACGUAUUUGGGAUCCUAGGAAACGGGGUCAAUGUUAUACAUUGAAUAACACAUAUCAGGUUACUGCAGUGACAUUCAAUGAUACAUCCGAACAAGUGAUUAGCGGUGGUAUUGAUAACGACAUAAAGGUAUGGGAUCUCCGAAAGAAUGCAAUACUUUACAAACUGAAAGGACACACUGAUACCAUUACUGGAUUGAGUCUUAGUCCUGAUGGUUCUUAUAUACUUUCCAAUGCUAUGGAUAAUACAUUGAAGAUAUGGGAUGUAAGACCAUUUGCUCCUUACGAACGCUGUGUGAAAAUACUGUCUGGACAUCAACAUAAUUUUGAGAAGAAUCUUUUAAGAUGUGCGUGGUCACCGGAUGGUAGCAAGGUAUCGGCGGGAUCUUCGGAUCGUUUUCAUUAUAUUUGGGAUACUACAAGUCGUAGAAUAUUAUACAAAUUACCGGGACACAACGGAUCUGUCAAUGACAUUGAUUUUCAUCCAAAGGAACCUAUAGUGUGUUCGGGAUCUAGUGACAAGCAAAUUUACUUGGGUGAAAUCGAAGCUUAAUAACGAUUCAUACUCAAUAUAUGAUAUAUUUGUAGAAAGAAAAAAAUGAUAUUUAAAUGUA